AUGGUGCUGGACGGGCACAUCUACAGGCGAGUGGGCCAGAAGCCGGUGCACUGGAGCCCGUCGACAGGCACGGCCCUGGCCGAGGCCGAGCUGGAGUACCCCGACGGCCACGUCUCGCCCAGCGUCUACGUCUCCGCUCCAUUGUUGGAGGCGGGCCCCGGCGCGUCGCCCGACCAGACGCGCGCGCUGGCGGGCGCCUCGCUGGCACUGUGGACCACCACCCCCUGGACGCUGCCCGCCAACCGCGCGGUGGCGGUGAGCGUGGGCAUGGAGUACUGCGUGGUGGAGGAGCGCGCAGGGGCGCGCCGGCGCCUGGUGGUGGCCACCGCGCUGCGCGAGGCUGUGCUCGCUCGGCUGGGCGGUGGCGAGGACUGCGACGUGGGUGCCACCUGGUCCACGCUGUGCACGCUGCCCGGCACCGCAUUGCUGGGCAGCCGGUACGAGGGCCCCUUGACCGGGGACGACGGCCCGCGCCCCGUGCUGGACGGCAGCUCCUUUGUCACCGCCGACUCCGGCACGGGCCUGGUCCACCUCGCGCCCGGCCACGGGCACGAGGACUUUGCGCUGGCGGCAGCCGCGGGCGUGGCGGCUGUCUCCCCCGUGGACGACGCGGGGCGGUUCACGCGCGAGGCCGGCCACGGACUGGAGGGUCUGGAGGUCCUGGGCGAGGGCGGCGAGGCGGUGGCGGCGGCCGUGGCGGCCGCCGGGCGCCUGCUGGCGCGCGAGCCCUACGCACACCGCUACCCCUACGACUGGCGCAGCAAGCGCCCCGUCAUCGUCCGCACCACGCGCCAGUGGUUUGCCUCUGUCUCUGGCCUGCGCGGCGCCGCGCUGGCCGCACUGGACGACGUGCGCUUCGUCCCCGGCGCGGGACGGCGCCGCAUCGAGGCCAUGGUGGGCGGGCGCAGCGACUGGUGCAUCAGCCGGCAGCGCGCGUGGGGCGUGCCCAUCCCCGCAUUUUUCUACCGCGAGUCGGGGGAGGCGCUGAUGAACGAGGCCACCCUGGACCACGUGACGCGGAUCGUGGAGGAGCGCGGCGCCGACGCCUGGUGGGAGCUGCCCAUCGAGGACCUGCUGCCGCCGCAGUACCGCGCAGAGGCUGUCCAGCUGGUCAAGGGCUCCGACACCAUGGACGUCUGGUUUGACUCCGGCACCAGCUGGGCCAGCGUCCUUUCCGAGGGGGGGUCUGCAAAGGACGGCACCCCCCCCUCGCCGCGCUUUCCAGCCGACCUGUACCUGGAGGGCUCCGACCAGCACCGCGGCUGGUUCCAGAGCAGCCUGCUGACGGCGGUGGCGGCGCGCGGGACGGCGCCGUACCGCCGCGUGCUCACCCACGGCUUCCUGCUGGAUGAGGCGGGGUUCAAGCAGAGCAAGUCGGUGGGCAACACGCUGGACCCGCGCGCCGUCAUGCUGGGAGGAAAGGAUGCCAAGAAGGAGCCGGCCUACGGCGCCGACGUGCUGCGCCUCUGGGUGGCCUCCGUGGACUACACCGCCGACGCCAGCGUCAGCGAGGUGUACCGUAAGAUCCGGCUGACGCUGCGCUUCAUGCUGGGCAACCUGUCCGGGUUUGAUCCCGGGCAGGCCGCUGUCCCGCACGCCCAGCUCGGCCUCACAGACCGGUACAUGCUCUGGCGCGUGGCGGCGCUCAUCGACGAGUGUCACGCAGCGUAUGACGAGCACCAGUUCUUCAGAGUUUACCAGGCUAUUCAACGCUUCUGCGUGACGGACCUGUCCAACUUCUACCUGGACGCCAGCAAGGACCGGCUGUACAUCCUGGGCGCGGCCUCCCCCGACCGCCGCGGCGCGCAGACGGUGCUGGCGGCCACGCUGCGCGCCAUGCUGGCGCUGGUGGCGCCGCUGGCCCCCCACCUGGCCGAGGACGCGUGGGCGGCUCUGCCCUGGCCCGCGCCCGCCGAGUCGGUGUUCGGCGGCGGCGCAGCGGCGGCCGACCCGGCCUGGCGCGACCUCCCCGCCGCCGACCUGGGGCUGAUGCGCGCUCUGCUGGCCAUCCGGGGCGAGGUGAACGCACUGCAGGAGCGCGCGCGCUCCGCGGGCCUGAUCGGGUCCAGCCUGGAGGCGGCGGUGGAUGUGCAUGUGAGCGACGCAGGCCUGCGCGCACGGCUGGCGGAGCUGCAGGCCGCGGGCGAUGCGCAGGACACCAUCCAGCACGCCUGCAUCGUGAGCCAGGCGGCGCUGCUGGACGCGGCGCCGGGGGCCGGCGAGGGCGCGGUGUGCACCGCGGCGGCUGUAGCGAUCCCCGGGGAGGAGGGCGCCGAGCUGCGCGUGCGCAUGCGGCGCGCGGCGGGCGCGCGCUGCGUGCGCUGCUGGAACUACAGCGAGGCGGUGGGCGCCGACGCGGAGCACCCCCACCUCUGCCACCGCUGCGUGCCGGUGGUGCGGGCGCUGGGGCAGCCAGCCCCCACGCAGGCGAUGGCCUGA